CAGAGUGAAGUUUGCCUAACCCUGGCAUGAGUGAAGAUGGUGUGGUCUGAAACAUAUCACAUUAUCCUGCAGAAGUGCCAAAAGAAGAUGACAGAGAUAGCUAAAAACGUAAGAAUCACAGCAGCCUCCAAUGGAGAGGAUGACCUUCCUCUUCCUCCCCCUCCCCCUCCUCCUCCCAGACCUCAGCUGGAAGAUUCACCCAUGCCAAGCCAAAACCUUCUACCUGUGCCACCUCCUAAGGAGACCUUCUCAGAGUUCUACCAACAACGACAGAAAAAUGAACUGAAACGUCUCUUCAAGCACAUUCAUCCUGAACUGAGAAAAAAUCUUGAUGAAGUUGUUGACAGUGAAUUAGUAGAAGCUUUGCAAUCAGAAAAUGUUGCAGACAGGGGCUACCAGGGUGAGGUCCAAUCUAUGCGAUGGAUAUUUGAGAACUGGUCCCUAGACAACAUUGGAGAUCCCCAUGCAACUAAAAGGUUGUUGGAUGAAGAGACUCUCCAAGGUGGAGAUGUGAGGGGCACUUCCUCAAUGUUUGAGCGUCCUGUGUUUGAUGUUACGGAGCACAUCCCAACAGGUGAGAGACAAGGUCUGGUCAAAGGAGAUGUCCGCACAGCCACCUGGUUGUUUGAGACGCAACCUCUGGAUUUGCUCAGUAAAUCCAAAAUGGAGGAGGGAGAACUUGUUGAAGCGGUACUUAAGGAGCCAGUCCAGAGGGGUGAUGUGAAAGGAGCACGGCUGUUGUUUGAGACCAAGCCAUUAGAUGCCUUAGGCCGUUGUUGCUCUGUGGAGGACCAGAGUUUUCUAACACUCAAGUCUGAGCUCCAGGAGCAAAAGGGAGAUGUCAAGAAGACUGUGAAACUAUUCCAAGCAGAGCCAUGCUGUGCCUUGCGGGAUAGCAGUGGUAACAUCCAUGAGAUCAAGUCCAUCUGCAGAGAGGAAAUUCAGAGCAGUAAUAUAAAGACAGCACGCUGGCUGUUUGAAACUCAACCUUUAGACCUUAUUAAUAAGGACACCUCUCAAAUGCAAAUAAUUCGAGGUAUAUCACUGGAGGAAGGCCAAAAAGGUGGAGUAGACAGGAAAAGAUGGAUGUUUGAGACUCAGCCCUUUAAUGCAAUUCAUGAAGGUGUUGUGGAAGAACACAGAUUUAGAGGGACAUUGGUGGACUUUGAAGGAGCAGCUGAUGUUGGGAACAAACGUGAACUUUUUGAAACCCAGCCUCUGUCUGCCCUAAAAGGGGAAUCAAAAUCAUCAGAGGAUUCUGUACAAAAGGAAGAGAUCAUGGGGGGAAAUGUCAGAUCCACUCUUUGGCUAUUUGAAACACAGCCCAUGGAGAACCUGAAAGACAGUUUUGAGGUUGGACAGCUCAAAAAAAUUACUGUUUCGACUGAUGAAAGGGGAGAGGUUAAAGGUAAAAAGCACCUGUUUGAGAAUUUCAGUUCUAAUAUAGAAAGGGUUGAGGAAAGCAAAGUUCAAGAUUCUGAAAGAGGGGAUGUUCAGUCUUUUAAAAAUCUUUUUGAAACCAUACCACUUAGUCAUAUUUCCCAACCUGAGAGUGACUAUAGUGAAGGACAAAAUGGUGACAUAACAGGGGGUGAUGUCAAAAGCAACCGUACACUGUUUGAAACAACACCAUUAUAUGCAAUUAAAGACUGUUCAGGAAACUUCCAUGAGGUCACAACUGUUAGUAGGGAGGAAAUCAUCAAGGGGAAUGUCCAGAACUACAGAUGGAAGUUUGAGACCAGACCACUUGACCAGUUUGAAGAAGGCAAGGGGAAAGUGGAACUUAUCAAAGGUAUAACAAGGCAAGAGGACAUAGCCGGUGAUGUUAGAAUGGCUAAAUGGAUGUUUGAGACACAACCUCUGGACUGCAUCCAUUUAAAAUUCAACCAGAAGCUUGAGGACUCAUCUGCGCAACAAGACGAGUCUCAAAAGGGAGAUGUCAAAACAUGCAAAUGGUUAUUUGAAACACAGCCAAUGGACAUUUUGUAUGAUAAAUCAGAGAGGAAACAAGAUGUUGAAUCAGUGCCAAAGGCAAAUGUGAAAUCUUAUACUUGGCUUUUUGAAACACAGCCACUAGCUAACAUAAAGGACAAAGAUGAACUCAGUUUAAAGUUAUGUGGGACCUUGGAGGAUGAUGUGAAAGGUGAUGUGAAAACUGUGAAGCACCUUUUUGAGACUGAAACUCUGGAUAAAAUCACGAAGAGAACAAACUCCGAUCACGAUGUGAGGUGUAUCAGCCAGAUUGAUGUCCUGUCUGGAGACGUGUCUCGUGUGAAAGAGAUUUUUGAGACCAAGUCACUUGAUGACAUUGGAUCUGAAUACAUUCAGUCAUCAAAUAUGGAAGAGCAGGGCAAAGACAUUCAGUCAGGAUCUGUUCACAAGUUCACAUGGCUUUUUGAGAACCAACCCAUCAGCAAGAUAAAUGACAAGGAGGAUAUAAAUGUUCAAAGUGUCACUGACGUGGAGGGUGGUGAUGUUGGAGGUAAAAAGUUUAUAUUUGAAACAUUCUCUUUGGAUAAAAUACAGGACAAAGACCAGCUUCUUGAACAGGAGCCUUUGAAUGUGGAAAUGCCUUUGAACAAUGUUGAUGUAAAGUCCAGCACCAUGCUAUUUGAAUCCCAGCCUCUGUAUGCCAUAAAAGACAAGGAUGGUCAGUUCCACGAGGUUACCACUGUGAAGAAAGAGGAGGUGAUGAGUGGAGAUGUAAGAGGAGCUCGUUGGAUGUUUGAGACUAAGCCACUUGAUGCCAUUCAGGCAGACAGGGAGAUUUAUGUGAUCAGAGCAGUCACCCAGGAGGAUGUACUUAAAGGUGAUGUGAAAUCAGCCAGGUGGAAGUUUGAGACCCAACCUCUUGACUCCUUCACAGAGAGAGAGGUACCAUCAGUGAGAGUUGUGGAAGAAUUAGGGAAUGGGAAGAAUGUGCAGCAAAACAAACAACUGUUUGAGACUAAUCAGGCAGGCCAGAAAAGGUAUGUUAGGACAGUGAGUGUUACCGAUGUCCAACAAGGUGAUGUGAGAACAUCCACUUGGCUCUUUGAGAAUCAUUCAAUUGACACUCUUAAAGGAGAGCCAGAGGAUCAGAACAUCAUAAAGACGGUUCACAGAGAGGACACCAAGAAAGGAGAUGUAAAACGAUGCACUUGGUUGUUUGAAUCACAGCCUCUGGACAAAAUCAAAGAUUCUGAAUCCACCGUUGAAAGUGUGACACAAGAGGAAAUACCUAAGGCUGAUGUUAGGAGCACCACUUGGAUGUUUGAAACCACACCCCUGGAUAAAAUCUCAGUAGAGACUGUGACAGACACACUCUUAUUCCUCAACAAUCUCAGUGUCAUUCACUCAAGUGGCAUCAUUAUCCAGACCAGUGAUGAGAGAAACGUUAACAUGGCAAAGUAUCAGUUUGUCUGCAACGAGGAGCCACAGGUUCAAAAAGAAGAAGUCGUUGAAGGAAACUUCAGGAACAUCAUGCUACAGUUAUUAUUCCGCCCAAACUUGAAAAACAAGGUUACUCUCCUAAAAGAGGAGGAGCAUGGAAAAGUGCAUAACACAGUGUUAGAGAUUCCAUUCCAACAGCAUGAAUCAGCUACCAGUGCAGACAUUGAGCCCCUAAUUGAAAAAGUAGUCCAAACAAUUGAUAAUUUGCUUGUUCCAGAUAAGUCAGUCAAGACAGGCUUGGUGAUGCAGGAGUCUGAGGGAGGCAAUCCAGAAAUUGCUGUUUAUUCACUUCUCUCAUAUAGUCACAUAAAAGUAGAGGGUCAUGAUAUUAAACGAGGAGAUGUGAAGUCCACAAUAGGUAACCUCAUGGCAACUGCUCAUAACCAAAAGGUGUCUCCAUCGUGCAAACUGGAAGAGAAUGAAAAGGGGAAUGUUGACUUAUAUAGAAGCUGCAUUGAAAAGGGUGAUUUACAGUACCUUAAAAAUCUGCAAGCAGAGGAAUCUGAGGAGGAGAUCAAUUGCUCUCAGAAAGAGCAGAUUGAGAUUGUUCAAGGAGAUGUGAAGGAAGCAAUGAAAUACCUUAACCAACAAAAGGGACAAGUGGAACGAACAGUUUUGGACAUUGUACCAGGUGAUGUAAAGAAUACCAAAAAAGUUUUCUCAGGGGCCUCCCUUGACAUAAACAUUGGAAGCUGCAUGCAAAAGGAGGAGAUUAUCCGUGGUGACAUAUCUUCUGCUAAGCAACAACUCGAUGAGGCUGUAAAGCAACCAGUCAUGGUGCAGAAGGAGGAAGUUGUGUCUGGAGACAUUAAAGCAACAUUAGAGUCCCUGGAGCGUGCAAAGCAACAAAGUAUGCAUGUUGAGCGUGAAGUUAUUGUUCCAGGGACCAUCUAUGAUCUGGAUGUAGCAAUGCAAGAGUCCUCUGAUGAAAAUGAAACACAAACAAUCAAGGAAGAAAUCAUUGCAGGGGAUGUUAAGGCUGCCAAAAGGUCCCUGGAGGAGGCAAAGAAGCAGAGUAUGAGAGUAGAACGUGAGAUUGUAACUCCAGGAAAGAUAUACAACUUGAACAUGUCCUCUCAUGAGCAAAACACAUCGACAGUGAGGCAGUCCACAUCAUCAUCCUCAAGUAUCCAGCGGAUUACCACAACAAACCGAAAGGUCAGUGACACAGAGGAAAUUCAGGGAGCAUCUGAAGUUUACCAUCAUAAUAAAUUGGGAAAUAGUGCAGAUAUAAUGAAUUGUAUAGCAGAGACAGAGGUAAUAGCUUCCAAUCUGAUACCAGAGAGAAGCACUCAGAUUUCAGAGUUAGAAACAGAAAUUUUGAAAGGGGAUGUGAAGGCCACCAUUCAGUCUUUACACAGUGCUGCAGCAGAGCAGAGACCUGUAGAAAAGGAAGAAAUUGUUAAAGGAAAUAUGCAGAAGGCCCUUCAAUCUCUUGAGAAAUCUAGUGUGAAUGUUUCUAGAGGAGAUUUUAAGGCAGCAAUGUUGUAUAGAAAAUCUGGGCAAUCGUAUUCAGAGGCCAGAAAGAAAAAAGAUUCAGGGUCUAAAUGCAAGCAGAGUGUUGUGGUGUCUGUGCCCUCAUCUGAUGCUGAAUGUUCUUCUUCGGUUUCAGUGACUGGCAGAGAAUAUAUGACCACCAUAGCACUGAAUUCAGCUCCUGUCAUUAGUUCCAUCUCUGAGGAGAAUUCAAACCAACCUACUACAAGUAAAUCCCCAUAUCCACCACCACUUCCUCCAAAAGUUUGUGAUCAAGUUAAAGACCAGAAACCAGCCCUUCCACCAAAGCCCUUUUAUUCUACAAGUACUGGACCUAAAUUGGAAAAUGUAUCUCCUCAUCAAAAUUCCUCUGAUGCCUUCAUAAUCACCCAGGAUAUGCCAGCCAUCCCUCCCAAAAUAAAAGCUGGAAAGUUAACCCCUCUUCAAUUACAGAAAUCAUCCAAUAUAAAGCAGUGCUCUGUUGACUCCAAACACACUGCAAAGGAAACAAGACAUGAGGGAGUAACCAUAAAAAGCAAAAGUCAUGUUACCAGUGCAAUAGAUUCUACAGCAAGUAAGAAAAGCCAGUGUGUAGAACAAUGGGACCAAAAGAACCAUAUAAAACAUGUGAACAGUGCUCCACCCCAGGAUGCCAAUAAGAGGAUUAACACAUCAGUGCACAGUCAAACAGGCAUGGGCCAAAAUGCUGUACAAAGAAUCAGUGCAGCAGAAGAAAUUUCAGAGUGUGUGCAGAGUUACUCAGAGGACAAUGAAGCCAAGACCUCUGGAGGGCAGGGAAAAGUCAUUUUUGAGACAAUCCCAUCUGAGCCAAAGAAAAUAAGUGUGGUCUGGAAUAAGACCAAUGAAGAACAAGCACAUAUUGCAGAGAAGCACAAAGUGCACUCCCAAGACCACAGAAGAAAUGUCUUUGCUACACCUGCAGCCGACAGGCUGCCAGUAGAUAAUAAUAAUCUCGGUUGUCAUGAACAUCAAAAGCCAGACAGCAAUGUUGUUUUAAGGGAAAAGAAAGUGAAGAGAGAGACAGAAGAUGAACGUCGUCAAAGACUCUCUGUCCACAAGGAAGAAAUCAUGAGAGGCAAUGUGCACGCAGCAAUGGAGAUCUUUGAAAAUCUGAGGAGACAAGAAGAGCUUAAAGUAAUUCUGUCAAAAGUACAGGAGAUAGAAGGGGAAACAUGUGAAGUGGAUGUGAAAUCUCUGAUGACCUUAUUUGAGAAUGUACCUGGGUGGAUAGAUAACACUGCUACAAGCUCAAAGAAUGGGUAUCCCAGAAGUGAAAAGGAUCUCGAAUUUUUUAAAGAUGAUACGGAGAGUGUGUCUUCAGUUGAGGCAGCAUUUGAAGAUUUAGAAAAGGCAAGCAUGGACAUAGCAAGAUUGAAAGAGCAGACAUUGGCAAAACUUAUGGACAUUGAGGAGACAGUUAAAAAGGCAUUGUACUCUGUCUCAAAUUUGAAGUCUGAGGCUGAUAUAGCAGGCUUGUCUGGACUUUUUUCUGAAUCUCUAAGAGCUGAACCUAUUUCUUCAUCCUCCAAUAACAUAAGGAAGAUAAGGAUUGUGUCAAGCAAAGCAAAACCUGAACAAACCAGAGUGCCUGUAGAAACCAGUGCUGAUGGCAUGGCACAAAUUGCUGGAAAAUCAAAGGAGGUAAUUUCACAUAAACAGAAGUUGCCUAGACCCAAGGCUCACACAAAUGCUCCCUCUUCCCCUUCUUUUAUCUCCAUUCACUCAGCUGCAAGAAAGUCUGAUGAGCCUCCCAAACCCUCCACAGUCAAGUCAAAACCAGAGAGCUCUCCUCUUCAGUCAAAUGACUGUCAUAAGCUUAAUGAUGACAUCUAUAAGUUCUCAGCAGUAAAAGAUACAGGACAUCACUUUGGCAGUCCUCAAAAUCCAAGACGGGAAGUCAGCAUUCUUGAGGUGAAAACUGUUCCUGAAGCCUCAGCAGGAAUCAUUGGAACAAAAACAGUGUGUGAAAAAUAUGAAGAAACUGAUCAUUUUGGCAAUAAAUAUGUAUCUUCCAAGACCUCUACUUUUGUCACAAAACAGUCUGAAAGAAAAACAUCCUCAUAUGCAGUUGUAACCAGUCCAGGAAAAUAUGAGGAGAUGACAUCACCCCUCAUGCGAAGAUCUGGCAAAGUUUUUUCAGAAAAUCCUCAAUCCAAUCUCAAAGAUGGCGGCAAAGUGUUUGUUACAUUUGGCCAUCCAAAAACUGGAAAGCAUUAA